GAAAAAAAAUAUAUCAAUACUUAGAAAGCUAGUUGCAUUUUAGGAAGUUAAGUGUUCUUAUCGUAACACUUAAGAUUAUCAAUAAAAGCAAUUUGUGAAAGUUAAUAACAUAACAAAAUGUAUCGUUGUCAUCCAACUACUAAACUUGGUGUUACCGGUCACUUGGGCAGACCCAUAACAAGAUACAAUUCCAUUGGAGAAUAUAUUGUAUCAAAGGAGAAUGAAGAACAUUUUAAAAAAGCUAUUAAUGAAGAUGAUACCACAGAGUCAUUUGAGUCUCUCUAUGCUAAGCGCGUUCAAGAAUACGAAAUUGCAUUGGCUAUGCAAAAGGAAGUUUUACAGCUAAAUGAAGAGAAGAAAAAGCUUGAUUGCUUACGUGUGGAGGAAGUUCGCAGAGAUCAAGAACGACUUCGGCAGCGUUUCUUUGAGGUAACAAAAAUAUUGAAAGCAUCACGGGAAAAGGAAACGAGAGCGGAAAACAGUCUACACGAUGAAUUAACUGAACAAAAUGAGUGUAGGAGAAAAAGUGCUGCAACAAGAAAAAACAUUCAAGUUUUGAAAGAGUUUUCAAUACAGAUGAAGAACACUGUGCGAGAGUAUGGGUGCUAUGAAGAACUACUAAAGAAAUUUUUACGAGAGAAUCCACAUUAUGAGAAUGUUGAUAAUUUUAUAAAUUGUACUGAUGCUCUUUUAAUGUCGUGUAGUGAUAUAGAAAAACAUAAAAUGGAAUUAAUGCACAAAUUGGAUGAAAGUCGAAAUGAAUUGGUGGAAUUGGUUCGACGUCAGGCUAGUAUAUUGAUGCAAAACAAAAAUGAAUUAGACUUCUUUGUUCGGGCAUAUAUGACAGCAAGGAAUGAAGCUUUAAUGGCCGAGGAACAGUUUCGAAAAAUAAAAAUGACGCACUCUCGCCAUAUGGUCGAUCGGAAUGCCAUGUAUGAUGGGUUGUACAACUUAUACUUACUUUUGUGUAAGAGGAGGAUGAUCGAACCAACUCUACGAUAUCAUGAGGUACAUAAAAUAAGCAUGUUUAUAAAAGGGGAGUUCGAGGUUCUCAGAGGCGUUGCGAUAAAUUUAGAAAACUUGAAAUGCUUCUGAUUGAGAUUGUAAUAA